CUUCAAAUGAAACACUAUUUAAGGAACAGAGAAGCAGCAUCUUCACAGGACCGUAACAGGAACCUCUGAGCACUUAGCUGCAGGCUUGGCUAAAAACACUAUGGCAGACGAGAGCUUUAAGAAGGUUUUCCUGGACACUCAUAAUGCAUACCGGGCCCAGCACAGCGCCCCCUCCAUGACCUAUAACGCAGAGCUGUGUGCCACGGCUCAGAAAUGGGCCGACCACCUGCUGAAGGAGAACACUUUCGCUCACAGCACCACUAAAGAUGGAGAGAACAUCUACUGCUCCAACAGCAGUGUUCCAGUCACUCCAAAAGGAAAUGAGGCGGUGGAUAAGUGGUAUGGCGAGAUCAAGGACUACAACUUUGCUAGGCCAGGAUUCACUGGUGAAACAGGACACUUCACUCAGGUGGUGUGGAAGGACAGCACAGAGCUCGGGGUCGGCAUGGCAACUGAUGGGAAGACCGUGUUUGUGGUGGGACAGUACCGACCACCCGGAAACGUCAACACCACCGAGUACUUCACCAAAAACGUCCUAACCAAAGUAUUGGGAGUUGGUGAUAGACUGGCUGAAGGACUUACAAUGGCAGAUGCCAGUUUUAAGCGCGAGUUCCUGGAUGCCCAUAACACAUACCGGUCACAUCACAGCGCCCCUCCCCUCAAACUGAACUCGGAGCUGUGUGGAGAGGCUCAGAGGUGGGCCAACUAUCUCCUUCAGAAGAACAUCAUGAAGCACAGUGACACCAGUGACGGAGAGAACAUCUACUGUUACAGCAGCUCAGCACACAUCAAGCUCACAGGCAGAGAGGCUGUGGAUUCCUGGUACAGUGAGAUCAAGUUUUACAGCUGGAACAGUCCAGGAUACAGCAGCAAAAUUGGACACUUCAGUCAGGUGGUGUGGAAAGACAGUGAGGAGGUGGGAGUGGGUGUGGCCUCCAGUGGGAAAAAGGUGUUUGUGGUGGGACAGUACCGACCGGCCGGGAACAUGAACAGCCCCAUGUACUUCCAGCAAAACGUACUCCCAAAAGUUGCAGGUAGCAGUAACAUCAUUCCCAAAAGUCCUGGCUCAAAUCCAGGAUCAGGAUUUGAACCUGGAGAGACCAAAAUGAUCUGCUGCACCCUGAUGUAGAAGACCGGAAUAGCACUUUCAUUGAAGAAGACUUUUUACACAGUAUAAUAAAUAUAUAGAAACAUAAAUAUAAUGAUCAUGUUGCCAAUGUAAAUGUAUUUUUAUUAAAGCUUGCUUUUGUUGAAUAUGUUCUGCCUUCAUGUAGAGUCAAAUAAUGUGAGGAUAAGACAAAACACAAAAAACACAAAAGAGUUUUUUUGUUUUGUCCAGUCUGUUGAAACAUUUACGCUUUAUCUGGCUUCUUUGGGAAAGUGAUUUUAUAAUAAACUAUUGAAUUUGAAGUGCCUAUCUGUAAGUAUAUAUGUGAGAAGGAUAUUUUAAAUCAGCUUUAUGAUUUAUAUUAAAUUAAUCAAUGUGUAAUACAUUUUAUAACUUGUCAAAAUCAAAUCUUCAGAAACUACUGUGAGGCUAGGUAAACUAAGUAUUGUUGGGCUUUUGGUGGUUUGGCAAAACACUUCACCAAGCUUACCUACUAUAAAUGUGGUGUGUGUGAGUGGUGAUGGUGAGAGGAGCUGAUGGGACAGAUUGGUAGCCUCACUCAAAGUAAAUUAACAUUAAAGUAAAUCAUAUAUAUAAGAUUAUAAACUUAGCUGGUUUUGAUCUGCAGACAACCCUUGCAGGUUGUUACAGAAAGUAAAUAUACACAUAAUACAUACUAGACCACACUGUAUAUCAAAGUUAGAUCAUAAACUUUCUGUUUUCAAAGUUAAUUUACACUGAAUAUUGUGUGCUGUGGGCUGGUCUUACCUUGUACUCCUUCAGUUGGGGCCUGGUUGUCACAGUGAAGGGUCCAGAUCUGAUGAGAUACACUGUCUUUUGGGAGAAAAUACACAAAUGUUUAUUUACGUAUUAACAACACCUUGAAAAGAUAUGUACAACUUUGGACACCAUGUUUAGUACAGCCCAAUGACGGAUUAUAAAUGCAAAUGAGCAUCAAUAUGCAAAUUGAUCUACAUUUUUAUAUUUUUUUUCAUCAUCUAAUUGAAAAAAUGAUUUACAGGUUACAGUUACAGUCUCCAGUUUACAAUGCAUAUAUAUAGCCAUAUCUGUUCACUGAUGGCCAACAAUUCUGUAUGCUGUUCUGUAAAAUGGUUUAUAUUCUGGACUAUUAAAGAUGAUUUCAUUUC